GCAAAGCUUGAUUUACGCAAAGGUUUACCAAAUCCGUCGUAGGCGCGUCGGAUCAGAUCUGACAGACCCCUGCAAAUUCGCGGCUCGAUCUCAAGCUAAUGUUUAGUUGAUCUCAAUCACACGCCCUUGGGACAGGUGAUAUACUGCCCUUCCCCGGCUGGGGUGAAUCAAUCGUACCGCUCCCGUGCUCGCUCCAAACGCUCCUCUCUAUACCGGUCUACUUCACCAGCCCAUCGCCAUAUGCAAUUGAGACAUCUAUAACAACAUCAUAGAGCUACAUUCGUGUACAAACAUUUUCAUACACUUCCAUCACUACACUACACAUCUGCCCACCAUGUCACCGUCAAAAUCUAAGCCCUCGGAAAUUGCAGCAGAGGCGAAACGCGUGUGGAUGCCAUACAUCUGGAAGAACUUCAUUAAAGACUCGAAAACAUCAUAUCUCUACCCCGAUGCCACACAAAUAAGAGCCAGCUCAGAAGGCCGGUCGACACACCGCACACGAGUGGCAGUUAUGGAAGGCGACCCAGUAAACUACGCUUUGGGGUGGUACCAGAGCGCGGCCAAUCCGAACUGCAAAAAGAUACCCGUCGUCAAUGUUGCGAACGAGAAGCGUGCCGGCGGAGACUGGGAGUCAGGGCUCAUCGCGCCCGAGGAGUGCUUCGCGCGGAGAAGCAACCUCGUCCACGCGCUCACGAUGCCGUGGAAUGCACAGUUGGGUCGCGAGGAGAACUUCUACCCCAUCCCGCAGCGUGGCGGGAUAUACUCGCCUGAAGUUUUUGUUUUCAGAGGUGGCGCAGACCAAAGCUACGCGCCCUUCUCCGAAGUGCAGUCACUCCCCGUGAUAUCCGUGGCGCCGGUGAGGCGCCCCAAGCUCGACGAGUCCGGGACCAGGUACUCGUUCGCGGCGGAGAAGGAGCUCAUGCACGAGAAGAUGCGCGCGGUGCUGCGCAUCGCCAGCUACUGCGGACACCGUAACCUGGUGCUUGGGGCGUUCGGGCUGGGGCCGAUCUUCAAAAACCCGGCGACCGAGGUGGCGCGCAUGUGGCGGACGCUGCUGUUUGAGGACGACGAGUUCUUCGGCGUCUUCCAGGACAUCGUGUUUGCUAUUGAUGGCGCCUUGGUGGGGCCGCCGGCGAAGGGCCAGCUGAGCGAUGUCGAGGUGUUUAGGAGGGAGUUUGAUCCGAGUAGCAUCUUCCCUGUGAGGUACCAGGCGAGGGUGUAGCAGCGAUGAGUAGCAGCGAUGAGUAGUAGCGACUUGACACGACGAGCUGUGGCACGGCGGAGCGUGGACUUUUUCUUCACCCACAGACAUUAUUAUGCGGUGCUGGCCACCACCAUUUAUCACGAAGUCACGAGAAAAGGAAUAUCGGUAGCAGUACGCUCUCUCACGAGCACAUCAUUCUUGGGGUCAAACGGCUCUUGCAAGACACAAUACAGACAGUACAC